UAAGGGUGCAGUCGUCAUUUGUUUCUUUGACACACGGGCGGAGUAAAGAGUAACAUGGCGUCAACAAGCCGCAAAGAUGGUUUGACUCUUCCCAGAGUUACGUGUCCAAACCACCCUGAAGCUAUUCUGGUGGAGGACUACAGAGCAGGGGACAUGAUAUGUCCCGAGUGUGGCCUUGUCGUAGGUGACAGAGUAAUAGAUGUGGGCUCAGAGUGGCGAACAUUUUCUAAUGAGAAAGCCCUGAAAGAUCCAUCCAGAGUAGGAGAUGCUCAGAACCCUCUGCUGAAUGGAGGAGACCUGACCACAAUGAUUAGCAAGGGAACCGGUGCGGCUAGUUUUGAUGAGUUUGGCAACUCCAAGUACCAGAACCGUCGAACCAUGAGCAGCUCUGACAGGGCCAUGCUCAACGCAUUCAAAGAAAUCAGCACAAUGGCAGAUCGCAUCAACCUGCCCAGGAACAUCAUAGACCGAACCAACAACCUGUUCAAGCAAGUUUACGAACAGAAGAGUCUCAAGGGUCGAGCCAAUGACGCCAUCGCUUCAGCGUGUCUCUACAUCGCCUGCAGACAAGAAGGUGUACCAAGAACUUUCAAAGAGAUUUGUGCCGUCUCCAGGAUCUCCAAGAAAGAGAUCGGUCGGUGCUUCAAGCUGAUCCUGAAGGCACUGGAGACCAGCGUGGACCUCAUCACCACCGGCGACUUCAUGUCCCGUUUCUGUUCAAACCUCGGGCUGCCCAAACAAGUGCAAAUGGCGGCCACUUUCAUCGCCAGGAAGGCCGUGGAACUGGACCUGGUACCCGGCAGAAGCCCAAUCUCUGUGGCCGCUGCAGCCAUUUACAUGGCCUCACAGGCCUCAGCAGAGAAGAAGACCCAGAAAGAAAUCGGUGACAUUGCUGGAGUUGCAGACGUCACCAUCAGACAGUCCUACCGACUCAUCUACCCCCGGGCUGCAGAACUGUUCCCUCCAGAUUUCAAGUUUGACACACCAGUCGACAAGCUGCCCCAGCUGUGAGGAGAAACUGCCUAAAGUUGUGUUUUUCUGCUGUACUUAGAGGAUUGUGCUCUUUUUUUAAAUCCUAUUUUUGUUAAACAUGGAAGAAGACACAAAUCUUCUUAAGACAUUCAGGCCUGGUCUAAGGUGCUGUUAGAGGGAGAACAAACAGACACAUUCCACUUAUUGAAAAAAAAAAGAGCCUUCAGACUGUUCUUACAGUAUUUCAUUUGACUGUAUAUACUGUACCAUGUUUUUAGGGCUGCAUGUAACCAUUAUUUCCAUGAUUAAAUAACCCUUUGUUUAUUUAAAUUAUCUUGAUUUGUUCCAUUUGUCUUGAUUAUAAAAUUAUUUACCCAACCUUAAAAGAAUUACGUUCUCAAAUGUUUUGUUCUUUGACCAAAGAUGUUCUGUUCACUGUGGGAGAACUGAUCAAGAAAAGAAAAUCACAAGAUGCUACUCUUUAUAAACAUUACUCUAUUUUUUUUGCAGCCCUACAUGUAUAUAUGUCCAUUAUUAUUUGGCCUUUGUAAUUGAUGCUUGCUUUUCUUACUGUUAAAACCAAAAAAAUCCUGUAGAAAAAUGAAUUGUCUAAGAUAAUUUAAAAAUAAAAAAAAAGAAUUUA